AUGGCGGAACACAAUAUUGUUGUCUUUGCGGGUGACCACUGUGGCCCAGAGGUUAUUGCCGAAGCAAUUAAAGUUAUCAAGGCCGUUGAGGACAACAGCCCGACUGCUGGCAAAUUCAAUUUGAAUCACCUGCUGCUUGGAGGAUGCUCUAUCGACAAGACCGGCUCCCCUCUUACAGACGAGGCCCUCGCCGCUGCCAAAGCCUCCGACGCUGUGCUCCUUGGUGCCAUUGGCGGCCCUGAAUGGGGCACUGGAACCGUUCGCCCAGAGCAGGGCCUUCUGAAGCUACGCAGCGAGAUGUGCGCCUAUGGAAACCUCCGUCCCUGUUUCUUCGCGUCCGACGCCCUUGUCGAGACCUCCCCUCUAAAGGCAGAUGUUUGCCGUGGCGUCGACAUGAUGCUAGUCCGGGAAUUAACCUCAGGCCUGUAUUUCGGAGAGCGGAAAGAGUACGAUGGAGUCAAUGCGUUCGACACUACUGUUUAUACGAAGCCAGAAAUCGAGCGUAUCGCACGGCUGGGCGGCUACCUAGCCAAGACCAGGGGAGACUCACGGGUCAUCUCGCUAGAUAAGGCAAAUGUGUUGGCCACGAGCAGGCUUUGGCGUUCUGUGGUUGACGAGGUUUACAAAAACGAGUUCCCUGAUCUGAAGGUUGAGCAUCAGCUCAUUGACAGCGCGGCCAUGAUCAUGGUCAAGAACCCGAAGCAGCUCAAUGGCGUUAUGAUAGCGCCAAACUUGGCAGGAGAUAUUUUGAGCGACGAGGCGAGCGCCAUCACUGGCAGCAUUGGUCUGCUCCCGAGCGCGAGUCUCUGCGGAGUUCCGGAAGUGGGCUCCAAAGUCCUUUCUAUCUAUGAGCCUAUUCACGGCAGCGCGCCGGACAUUUCAGGAAAGGGGAUUGUCAAUCCCAUUGGCACCAUCCUUUCCGUGGCUAUGAUGUUGCGGUACUCUCUGAAUCUUCCCCACGAAGCUCAAGUCGUUGAGGACGCGGUUCGCGCUGCCAUCGACGCCGGGCUAAGAACCAAGGAUAUGGGCGGCAGCACAGGCACCGCUGAAGCAGGAGAUGCCAUCGUUGCGGAGGUAGUCAGGAUUCUCAAGGCAUGA